AUGAGCUCCAGCCCCGAGGAUGGCGAGCAGAAGAAACGCAGCCAGGCCAUUGACCGCAAGCUCGAGGAGGACUCGCGCCGCCUGCGCCGCGAGUGCAAGAUCCUGCUGCUGGGCUCCGGCGAAAGCGGCAAGUCGACCAUCGUCAAGCAGAUGAAGAUCAUCCACCAGAACGGCUACACACAGGAGGAGCUCGCCAUGUACCGUCUGACCAUCUACAAGAACGUCAUCGACUGCGCAAAGGCCCUCAUCGGCGCCAUGCGCCAGUUCGAGAUCGAACCCGAAAUCCCCGGCAACGACGAGUACUGCAACUACCUCGUCGAGUACACUGUCGACCCGGACCCCGAAAAGCCGCUGGACGUGCGAGUCGGCCAGGCCAUCACCUCGCUGUGGCGCGACGGAUGCAUAGGCAAGGUCCUCGAGCACUCGAGCGAGUUCUACCUGAUGGACUCGGCACCCUACUUCUUCGAAGAGGUCGAGCGGAUAUCAGAUCCCAACUACAUCCCCAUCGAGUCCGACGUCCUGCGCGCUCGAACCAAGACCACUGGUAUCUACGAGACAAGAUUCACCAUGGGCCAAUUAAGCAUCCACAUGUUCGAUGUCGGAGGGCAAAGAAGCGAGCGCAAGAAAUGGAUACAUUGUUUCGAGAACGUCACAUCCAUCAUCUUCUGCGUGGCAUUGAGCGAGUACGACCAGGUGUUGUUGGAAGAGAGCUCUCAGAACCGUAUGAUGGAAAGUCUAGUCCUCUUUGACUCGGUUGUAAAUAGCCGGUGGUUCAUGCGGACAUCGAUCAUCCUCUUCCUCAACAAGGUCGACUUGUUCAAAGCAAAGCUUGCCAGAUCGCCGCUGGGCAAUUACUUCCCCGAUUACUCGGGAGGUAACGAUGUCAACCGUGCAGCCAAGUAUUUGCUCUGGCGGUUCAACCAAGUCAAUCGCGCUCACCUCAACUUAUAUCCUCAUCUCACCCAAGCCACCGACACCUCCAACAUCCGACUCGUCUUCGCCGCCGUCAAAGAAACAAUACUGCAGAACGCGCUGAAAGACUCCGGCAUAUUAUAG